UAUAUAAAUGAGCCUAUUAUGUAGGGUUUCUCUUCCGCUGGGUUUCUGUUCCUCGUCACUCUCAUUUUCUCUCCUCUCAGUUGCUCAGCUCACUGACGGCGGCUCUCUCACUCCCUUCGGUCUCUGCUCACGGUUUUGAAAGAAACUACAUCAUUAUCUUGCAAUGGCAGUCUCAUUUUCCGGUGUUAACUCACAAUCUGGCCUCAAGAAGCUCGAUGAGUACCUCCUGACACGGAGUUACAUCACAGGGUAUCAAGCCUCAAAGGAUGAUAUCGCUGUGCACGCAGCUCUUUCAAAACCUCCACCAUCUGAAUUCGUGAAUGCAUCUCGGUGGUACAAUCACAUUGAAGCUCUUCUUAGAAUUUCUGGUGUUUCUGGGGAAGGUUGUGGUGUCACCAUAGAGGGAUCUGCUCCAGUCAUCGAGGAGGCUAUCGCAACUCCUCCUGUAGCUGACACUAAGGCUUCAGCUGCUGAGGAUGAUGACGACGACGACGAUGUGGAUCUGUUUGGUGAAGAGACUGAAGAAGAAAAGAAGGCUGCGGAAGAACGUGCAGCAGCCAUGAAGGCAUCAGGGAAAAAGAAAGAAUCUGGAAAGUCCUCCAUUCUCAUGGACAUUAAGCCAUGGGAUGAUGAGACUGACAUGAAAAAGCUUGAGGAAGCUGUUAGAAGCGUCCAGAUGGAAGGAUUGGUUUGGGGAGCUUCCAAACUUGUGCCUGUUGGAUAUGGUAUUAAAAAGUUGCAGAUUUUGCUUUCCAUUGUGGAUGACUUGGUGUCCGUUGACACUCUCAUUGAGGAUUAUCUCACGGCUGAACCCGUGAAUGAGUAUGUCCAGAGUUGCGAUAUUGUUGCGUUUAACAAAAUAUAAUUUUUACCAUCUGUUCGAGCUUCUGGGGUAUGGUUGAAGGAGAGUUUUCCCUGCUAUAUUAUUCUGUUUUAUAUUAUGUCUCUACUUAUUUCCAUCUGUCAUCAGUGCCAUCUGGAUUUCGUCGUGAAUGAAGUGGGACAAGUUUUAAAAUAGUUGUAUUGUUGCAAUGACUUUUUUUAAUUCUUCAUUUGUGUUUGUUAUGAGGAAUCAGACUAAUUAAUUGCAGCUGUGGUUUUAUUAGUCUGUAAACGAUAUCAUCAGCAAACGGUGUGGUUUAUGUCAAUUUAUUUUUGGCCUCA